ACUGAAUGCACUAUAAGACUAAGGUACGUAUGCGCCUUUUCUAACACUAAUUGGUUUUAGAAGAGUUGAUUGGUAGCGGCUGAGAUCCUAUAACUGAUCACAAGUUCUAUUCCAAGUGAGAGCAUUUGCAGAGGGGGAGGUUGUUGACCAUGUGUGCAUCAUUGUCCCGUGGUGGAGGCUAUAUAUGUGGGUCAAGUCACAAUUGAAUGUCGUGGGCGCUUGUAUGCUGAAUGUACUAUGAAACAAGGCGGCCGUCGUUCUACAUACCCCUCGUCUUCUUCUACGGCUCCGGCGACUCAGCUCCUUCCCAUGAUUACGACGCUCUCCGGGAGUCGCUCUCCAGGACGUUGUCGGUCCUGUACCCGGUCGCCGGGAGGCAGAAGGACGAGGUUACGAUCGAGUGCGGUGACGAGGGCGCCGAUUUUCUCCGGGCUAACGUCACGAAUUGCGAUUUGGACGGUUUCCUCAGGUGGCCGAAGCUCGACCUGAUCCGACAGCUAUUCCCUCGGGACCCGUACCCGGCGGCGUACGAUCCUGCUCAACCGUUGCUAGCCGUUCAGGUGAACCGGUUCCUGUGUGGCGGAACGGCGGUGGCGAUAUGCCUUUGGCACGCCAUCGCCGACGGGUCGGGGCUAGUCGGGUUCCUAGAAACGUGGUCCGGAUUCAAUCGGGGAGCAGGGCCCGCCGUCGGUGAUGGGGCCCGUUUCGUCGUAGACGCCUCCACGGUUUUCUCGCCUAUGAAAUUCGACUUCUCUGUGGCAAUAUCUUCCUUCGCAGAGCGAAGGGCGCAGAAGCGGGAAAAAUACAUCGCGAAACGAUUCGUUUUCUCGAAGAAGGAUAUCGAGAGGCUGAAGGACGAGUACGCUACACAAUCGGAGCAUCAGCGCCGCCCGACUCGGGUGGAGGCGUUGUCGGCAUUCAUGUGGGCCGCAGUGAUAAGGGCGGCCCUACACGCCAACCCCAACCUCAAGGGCCACAUGCUGACAAACACGGUGGACUUGAGGAGGAGACUUGGCGUUACUAUUGGAUGCACAAGAUGGGGGGAUAGAGGUUUGGAUUGGGUUGCCAAGACCAAUUAUGUGCCAUCUUGGCAAAGAUGAUGAGUUCAUUUCUCAUGUAACGUUUAGCCAAAUUGUGUGGGAACCUCUUCAUAUGCCACCUCGUCUCUAGAUGAAGGGAAAACUUCAUGUGUGUUGAAACCCACCUAUGCUUCUCUCAUCUUUUAAUGAAUACAUACUUUGAAUUAUUGGCAACUUUUAGUGUAACAUGCAAAAUAAUAGCUACUCGAGAGU